AUGCAUUUGCAUUUCGAACGGACGGUCAACGCGAAAAGCGACUGCCCCAUUUUGUCGAUGACAUGGAUGGGAAAAGUGCCUGAUGAGUUGCCAGAGGACGAAGGCUGGAAAUUGAAUAGAACGAAUUAUUAUCAAGAAGGUUGGUUGGCUACCAGUAACGUAAGAGGCAUCGUCGGGGUGACGUUUACCACUAGUCAUUGCAAAAAGAACGUCGAGUAUCCCCUUCGCACCAAUUACAACUUAAGAGGGCACAGAUCUGAGGUGAUAUUGGUGAGAUGGAACGAGCCGUAUCAAAAGCUGGCGUCCUGCGAUAGCUACGGAAUCAUCUACAUAUGGAUAAAAUACGAAGGCCGUUGGUCGAUAGAGCUGAUCAACGAUCGCAACACGCCGGUGACCCACUUUUCCUGGUCGCACGACGGCCGAAUGGCGCUCAUCUGUUACCAGGACGGCUACGUGCUGGUCGGUUCGGUGGCCGGCCAGCGUUACUGGUCGUCGAUGCUCAACCUCGAUUCGACCAUCACCUGCGGCAUUUGGACGCCCGACGACCAGCAGGUCUACUUCGGCACCACCUCCGGCCAGAUCAUCGUGAUGGACGUGCACGGCGCCAUGGUGUCGCAGGUGCAACUCGGCGCCGCCGACGUCGGCAUCACAUCGAUGGCGUGGUCCUGCGAGAAAUUCAAAAUGGAGGAGGGCGACGACGUCGACGCCGGCGUCGUCAAUUCCGCCGAUAGAAAGUUCGUUUUGGCGGCUUGCCUGCAAAACGGCUGCAUUUAUUUGCUGUCUACCUUCGACGACGUGUCGCCCGUCAGGAUCGACACCGGUUUGCAGAGCCCGUUGUGCAUGGAAUGGAGCAAUUCGAGGGAGUUUCUGGCCAUCGCCGGCGUCACCGGCGAUUCCAGACCGCUCGGCCUCGAAUACACCAACAUGUUGAAGUUCUACAACGAGAAGGGCCAGUUGUUGUAUUCCACCGUUCUGCCGGACAAACAGGCCAGAGUAUCGACGUUGACGUGGGGCCACAACGACAAGCGAUUGUUCCUUGCAACCGGCACGCAAAUCCACAUCGCCUGGGUGUCGAAGCGCAUCGCCUCGUUGCAGCUGCUCUGCCGGUUGCGCGUCCACGAUCUGAUCGAGAACGAGAAGCAGCUGGCGCUGUUGCCGUUGCCCGCCCGCCUGGGCAACAUCAUCGGCAACCUCUUCGCUCAAACCAUCAGAUGUUGCGUGCCGGAGGCCGCCGCUCUGCGGGAAUUCGUCUCCCGACCUCCGGCGGGCUCCGUCCGAUUGCACUGCACGAUGAUCCGCCACGACGAGGAGAACAACCUGUCGUCGGGCACCUGUUACACCCUCUAUCUCGAGUACUUGGGCGGUCUGGUGCCGCUGCUCAAAGGCAAACGCACCAGCAAAAUUCGACCGGAAUUCGUCAUAUUCGAUCCGCAAGAAGCCGUUGUAGAUUACGCCAGUUACGUCGAAACGAAGAGCUCGUCGUCGUCGAGCAACCAUUCGGCGAGCGCCGGCGGCGCCACGACGGACUCGUCGGACAGCGACAGAGACGACAGAGGCGUCGGAUGGCCGGCGACGCCGACGAAGCGGAAGCGGAAGCGCAAACGCCAAGCGAACGGCUACCAUCAGGCCAAUCAACGGGCCGAUUUGGAUUCCGAACACGAGGAUCUCUCCUACGUCGACACCUUGCCCGAGCAAAUCCGUCUGGUGGAGGUGACGUCGAACAUUUGGGGUACGAAAUUCAAGAUACACGGUCUGGCCUGUUCGGUGCCGCCCAAUUUGGGCCAGGUGACCUACAAGACGUCGCUGUUGCACCUGCAACCGCGCCAGAUGACGCUCGUCAUGACCGAAUUGGGCGACGAUUUCCCCAUCUUGCCCGAUCCGAAUUUCAAUCCGAACCUGUUCUCCGAGGACGAGGACGAGCCGGCCGACGGGGACGAGCGGAAAAAGGACGCGUGCGGAUGUCCCCCGAUCGCUCCGAUCGCCUCCAGGCGACCGCUGGUCGGGAAGCCGAAGGGCGCUUCUUCUUCUUCUUCUACUUCUACUUGUUCUUCGCAUUUGGUUUCGGAGAACGAUAACGGCGAAUCGCGCGCCGACAACGCCAACAAAUCAUCUAAUAUUAGUAACGAUAUCCGUCCGCAACACUCGAAGACCACCGCUAUUAAUACUCAACUGAAUUUACGCCCCGCCGGCACCCAAAACACCAGCUUCAUCGGGCAAUUGAUCGGUCAAAACGGCGGCCAAACGGGCGCCAAUCAACGCCACGCCAUCUCCCCCAUAGGCUGCGAGGUAUCGGUACCCGCCUUGCAAUCGCCCAAAAACGCCGUGGCGCCCAGCGACACGAUAUUCGACCGGCCGACGCCCGCCAAUCUGCUGAACCAUUCCCCCGACAACGCCCUACAAGUGAAAACCGCUCUCCAAGAGAACGCCAACCACAAGCCGAAGAAACCGGAGGAAAUCGACCGCAAACCGGACGAUUCGGCGCCGUCCACCUCCAACAAAUUCGCCCGCCAAUCCGCCACCUUCCUGCUCGAUCCGAUGGUGCGCAGCUGCAGCGUCGGGUUCCUGGACAUGAUGGACAGGCGGCUGGUGCCCAGCGACGAGACGCUGUCGCUGCUGCACAAGGACAUCCCCAAGCGGCUGGUGCUGGUCGACAAGAAAGGCAAGGCGAAGCGGCCGGGCCGCUUGAACGCCCGCCAAUUCGCCCAACGCCACGGCGCCGACGUCAAUCCCAAAUUGAAGUCCUACGGUAAAUCCAGGAGCCUCGAUUCGAGCGAUAUAUUCCCCAAUUGCGAUCACCACGCCGGCGCGGCGGCGGCCAAGAAGAAAGAACGCGACAUACCCGAGGACGUGAUCGAGGUAAUGGACGAUCCGUCGGAUAAAGAAAUCGGCAAAACCACCGCGAAGGAGGAGAAGAAGACCGGCAACAACAACAACAACAACAAGAAGAACAACCGGCGGGAUUUCUUCUCGUCGCCGUUGCUGCGCAGGAAGAAGAACGACAUCAACAACGACAAGAACCGCGGCAGGAACAACCAGAAGAAGAUCAACGCGAACCAAAGCAAAGAGAUCAACGGCGGAGGAGGAGGAGGAGGAGGAGUGGCUUUGCACACGCAGGCCUUGGCGAAUCUGGAGAAGCUGAUCACCAGGUUGCGAGAGGACGAUACCAAGUCGGGCGGCGGCUCGCCGCGGUUGCCGAGGAGCUCGCCGUCGUCGCCGGCGCCGAGCAAAAAGGGCGGCCGGCCGCUGUCGGCGUCGCCCAUUCGCCGGAAGCUGCUCAGCUCGCCGUUGCUGGGGCGCCGGGGCAAGAAGGCGAAGCAGCACCAGGAGAGCUCCGACGACGAGGUGAACGCGUCGGGGGACGAGGUGUUCAACGGCGCCAACUACAAGGACCUGGAGACGUUCCAGAAGUCGCAGCUGCGCCAAAAGUUGAAACGGGGUAAGAUCGAGCCGAACGGGAGCAGCUGCAACAAUCAGGUGAUACCGCAGAGGAGGGAGUUCGUGAUGCACAACAAGGCGCCGAUGUGGAACGAGAACAAUCAGGUGUACCAGUUGGAUUUCGGCGGGAGGGUCACCCAGGAGUCGGCAAAGAACUUUCAAAUCGAAUUUAGGGGUAAACAGGUGAUGCAGUUUGGUCGAAUCGAUGGAAAUGCCUACACGUUGGAUUUUCAGUAUCCUUUUUCUGCCCUUCAAGCGUUCGCAGUCGCUUUAGCUAACGUUACGCAGAGACUUAAAUAA